UUAUUUCUGGCACUACAGGCUACGAGCGGCUUCAGAACUACGCGAGCCUGUUUAGUGCAGAGGGUUUCGCACAGGCACUUCUCCUGCUGCUCUCGUUCACAGACCACCAAGAAUGGCAACUGCAGGUACUACACCAGACUUCCUAGACAAACGAUUGCUGCAAGAUGAUGUUCCAGAGAUAGUUGCAAACAUACUGGAUGCACAAACUAAAUCAGAGCUGUUAGGUCGUGUACUCAAGUUGUCACCAUCCAGGGUGUCUGGAAUUCAUAUGCAGUACAAGGAUCCAGAAGAGUGCCUGUUUCAUGUCAUUGAUGAGUUUGUGAAACAAGUGGACCCCAUACCUACUUGGAGAGUCAUUUUAACCGCCCUGAGGCACCCCACUAUUCGACUAACUGGUUUGGCAGAUGAGAUUGAAAGUAAACAUUGCCCCCCAACAAUAUGUGAUGAGUCCAAGAAUACAACAAACAGUGGCUCUACAUCUGAAACACACCAACAGGAUUGGCUGACUUCUUGGAAAACAAUACUCAUUGGUGGAGUCUCUAUUUUGAUCAUGUUACUAGCUGUGGUGUGGUCUAACACAGACUGCUACCAGCUGGGACUCUGCCACUCAAAGAGUCUGCCAUCUGUCAGUCAUUUUGUCGGU